CGUUGCUCACUGGUUCGGAGCGGGCGAACGACCUUUGGCUUGAACUCUCGUUAUCUGAGCGAUGGCGAGAAGUUCGGUUGCCGUUAAACACUCCGUCACGUCGCUAGGGGACGUGGAGGAAGUGGAGAAGGUGUUCAACAAGUUCGAUGCCAACGGCGACGGGAGAAUCUCCGCCGUCGAGCUGAGAGAGGUGCUGAAGGCGCUCGGAUCCGACGCGUCGGCGGAGGAGGUUGGGCAGGUGAUGUCCGAGAUCGAUAAGGACGGGGACGGCUUCAUCGAUCUGAAGGAGUUCACUGAAUUCCACAUGAAGCGCCCGUCGGACGGCGACGAGUGCAGCAGCAAGGAGCUGCGCGACGCGUUCGACUUGUACGAUCGCGACAGGAACGGCUUGAUAUCGGCGCGCGAGUUGCACGCGGUGCUGAAGAACUUGGGAGAGAAGUGCUCGCUGAAGGACUGUUCUCGGAUGAUCAGCUCCGUCGACGAGGACGGCGAUGGAUGCGUUAACUUCGAAGAGUUUAAGAAGAUGAUGAAGGCGUGACAGUGAAAUCCAUCUUUUUAGAAUCAACCAGUGCUGCUGCAGAAAUUGAAUCGAACGAUUGGACUAGAAUUGACGAUGGCACAUAUCCUGACAGAUUGCAAUUUUCCUCGCUUCCAGAAGGCAAGCAGAUUGCGAUUUUCCACUAUCAGAUCUCUCAGAAGGCAUCAGAUCUGAGAGAUGCCGUGGAAUUGGAGCAAAGUAGCAAUUUGUCAGGGGCUAUAAUUGACUUGUACUUUUGGUAGCUUGUAGUGCUAACUUUUGACCAUUGAAUGGCCUAUCUUUUUAAUUCGUGUGCUCAGUAAUAUUUCCCUUGAAAGUUUCAACGAAUACGAGAUGACUUGCGUAUCCCUA